CACUAAGCGAGCGAGCGCCCCUUACUCGGGAAGGAGCCGGGCUUUCCCGAUCCCGGACUGGGGGGGUUCGCUCUCUGCUCGGACAACUUUGCAGCCAGCUCCAUCGCGCACCUGUAACUUCCUCCACGGAGCACCCAGAGCCUGGGAGACUCCAGCUGAUCGCUGGGGGCCGUGGACAUUGGGAUAUCACCCUCUCCCCUCUUUUGCUGAGUAUUCCUCUCCCUGGUGUUUCCCAGCCCCCAAGCCCCUGGGAGGGACCCAGGCGACGAGCGCUUUGCAGCGAUCUCCCGUUCACACAGGACUUUUCCCACGCGGAUUCGGGCACAGCUCAGAGUCGUCGUUUUUUGUUUUUUUUUUGCAGCGUGUUAGCCACCUCCAUCCCCGCCGCUCCAGCAGGUAGGCAGCUGCUCCCCCUGGCCUGCCCCCUGUCUGCGUGGAUUGCCGUGGGGCGGUAGGGGGCUAAGCUUCCAGCUGCUUCCCUUUCACACCCGUUUUAAAGCCUGUAAAAAGGGGUGGGGGGAAGAGAAGCGAAGAUCUGAUCCCCGUUUAGCUGGCUUCGGAGGGAGAAGAGGCGGCUGGAUCAGCGGGGAAGCGGGGCUAGUUUAUUUCAGACCUGGAUCUUACCAAGAAGAAUCCACGGACAUGCAGACGUUCCUUCCAGCAAUACAAGUUCUUUUCCCAACCAUGCUGGGACACAGUCAGAACUGGCAUACUGCAGGGAAGAGUACCAUUCACAGAAGCAUCAACUCUACUUUCUGCAGAAGACUGUUUUCUUCAGACAUUGACUCCCCACCUGCGAAUUUCAAAAUCAGAACAAACUAUUUCCUACUAUUACUGAGAGCAGAAGGAACUUACACUAUGGCCCACUGGAAUGUAGUGGAUGAAAGAGAAAUAACCUGCUGAGUUGACCGCAAGGAACAAGAUGUUUGUGAAUGUUAAUCUAUCUCAGCCUUAAAAAAAUUGGGAAAGGAAAAAUGGAUCCUUUAUAUUUUUCCAGUGCUUUUGGCAUGGAGGUGAGUGCCCAAGAUGUAAAUUCCUCCUCACUGAUGAACAUGACGAACAAUAGAACUGUGACAGGACUUCCUGUGUCCAAAGAUGUUCACACAGUUCUUAUCUCUGUCAUAUACUUCCUUGUAUGUGCAAUCGGACUCAGUGGGAACACCUUGGUCAUUUAUGUGGUUUUGCGUCAUGCCAAGAUGAAAACAGUCACCAACAUUUACAUCUUGAAUUUAGCCGUAGCCGAUGUUCUCUUCAUGCUUGGCUUGCCAUUCCUGGCUACUCAGAACACCAUCUCUUACUGGCCCUUUGGCUUCUUUUGGUGUCGGCUUGUUAUGACCUUAGACGGCAUUAAUCAAUUCACCAGUAUCUUUUCCUUGACUGUCAUGAGUAUGGAUCGCUACCUUGCAGUAGUUCAUCCCAUCAAGUCCACCAAAUGGCGGCGUCCAAGGGUGGCCAAACUGAUCAGUAUAACGGUCUGGACUUUCUCAUUCUUGAUGGUUCUUCCAGUCAUUAUAUUUGCAGAUGUUCAGGAACACCUUCACACCUGCAACAUGAACUGGCCAGAGCCAGUAAACAUAUGGUCAGCAGUCUUCAUCAUUUACACGUCGGUUUUAGGAUUUUUUGGACCCCUGCUGGUGAUCUGCCUCUGCUACCUGCUGAUCGUGAUUAAGGUCAAGUCUUCUGGGGUCCGAGUUGGGUCCACGAGGCGCAGGCGGUCAGAAAGGAAAGUGACCAGGAUGGUGGUCAUCAUCGUGGUCGUCUUUGUGUUUUGCUGGCUCCCAUUCUAUAUACUAAACAUUGUCAAUUUGAUAUCCACCUUGCCGGAAGAGCCUGGGUUACUUGGUGUUUACUUCUUUGUGGUGGUUCUGUCCUAUGCAAACAGCUGUGCCAACCCCAUACUUUAUGGAUUUCUCUCUGACAACUUCAAGCAGAGUUUUCAGAAAGUUUUAUGUCUCCGGAAGGGGAAUGGUGUUGAAGACGGAGAUCCAACCAAGCACAGGCAGGAGAACAGCAGCCGCUUGCAAGAAGCAAUGCUAACCCAGAGAAACAUGGAAUUCAAUGGACAUAUGCAAACAAGUAAGGUGUGAGGUCCUGGCUUGAAAAACUGUAAAUAAACUGCAGAACUGAAAAACUGGUGGGGGAUGUGUGUGUGUGUGCAAAUCAGAGAUAAACUGAAAUCCUGAGACUCACAAGCUCAAACAAAUGUACAUAGAUUCCCUCUCCCCAUGAAUUAGGGAUUAUAUUGAAUUCUGUGGAAUGCCUAAGGCAUGUAGCUAAAGCAAUAGGACAUGUUAUCACUUUCUCUUUCUAUAUGCGGGGGACAGAUUUAGUGGUACAUUCUGGCUGCUGGCUGCCAUUCUGGUGAUGCACAGCAGCUGUGAGUCUGUUUUAACCAUCCUAUUUGUUUUGCGUUGCCGGAUCAGCAAAAAGCAGAGAGUGUAUUGGUUCAUUUGCCCCAAAGUAUUCUCAAAAGUUUGUUAAGUGAGUGUUUUAUAUUAAAAAAGGAAAAAGCACUAUUUCUUAAGUGGCAGUUUUCAAAGUAACAUAGCUCACAGCACUAAUUUACUGAUCUUGGAAGUAUGCAUAUGCCAUAGUUUUGAAAUGCUGCUUAACCAUUUGCAUUGUUUUACUGUAAUUAUCCCACAUAAGAGACUCCAAAUGCCCAGAAGUGUUUCAAGUCAAUUGAACCUCCCCCCCACCUUGAAAAAGAAUUAUUAAAUGAAUGUGAAAUGGAAAAUUCAUUCAUAGUGCGUAUAACAUUCUAAUCCAAGCUGCUUAUGAAAUGUAACGCCGUCACUUUAUUACUAUGUAAAUGACAGUGAUUGUGAAGUCCUGAAAAGCUGUUCUGUGUCUAUUUAUUGGUUCUGAAUGUAAGUAUGGAUCUGAAUUUAAAUUGUAUUUUCAGAAAUUAAAACAAGUUGAAUUCC